UGAACAGAAAAGCGCAAUCGCUUUUUGAGGAGGCUUUGUGGCAAUACGUUGGAAACUUGGGAAGAACUGUGCCUUUCAGCCCAGGAUAUUAGGUUUCCAGAGUGGAUUAUGUUUAGUGGAAUAAUGUAUCUGGCCAAACCGAGGCAAUAUCACGCACUGUAGCUGUAGCAGCUCAGAUUCAGAGCAGAUUCAAAAGUACGGAACCAUGAGAAAGGAUGCUGAAAUAUAUUCUUCCUCUACGCGCGGCGGCGAAAUUUAAAAUUUAAAGUAGGAAAUCCAUUGCAAUGUACAUAUUUUUCAAAACGGAACAUAAAUUAGUAACGGCUACAAAACCUGGACUGUUUCAACAAACGUUUCUAUUUGGAAAUGUUGAUUUUACCUCGGCACAUAAGAUUUCAGCUUGCCGUUAACGGUGGUAUGAUUGGAGUUUCCUCUGGAUCUUGAUGGGGAGCCUGGUGCAGCACCUGCACCGCGGAAACGCAAAGAUCAAAGAGAAACUCAAAGCGAAAAACAUGCCGCCUUUUACCCUAUGGAGACAUGGCAUAUAGGGUUAUUUCCAGCCGAAUCGUGCCAUCUUCAAAUAAGUUAAGCAGAAGAUUUAUUUUUAUAUUCACACUUUCGUUGUCAUUUACAUAUCUAUGCUACUGUGUACUUUUCUGUUCUGGUACAAUCAUGCCAAACCAGCGUUUUGGGGAGAAUCGCUGCAUCCACACCAAGAACCCAGGGAGCAAAAGGUUGCUACAAAAAUCGCCUUUUUGCACACUCUCUGCGGACACAAAAGUUAGCUUGGAUGAGACAGCGGACGUGGGUCUUUCGCGUCAGGAAACAAGUCUUACUCAUAACCAAAGCGAACAUUUAGCAAUUCAGAGUGUACACGCGCGGAGCAUCGACACUGUGCAUUAUAAACUAGGCAACAAUUCAAACGCACAAAAAUAUGGAAACAAAAAGUUACCAAAUGCACUGAUCGUUGGCGUUAAAAAAGGAGGCACAAGGGCGGUAUUGGAGUUCAUUCGCAUUCAUCCAGAUGUGCGCGCAGUGGGAACGGAGCCGCACUUCUUUGACAGAAAUUAUGACAAAGGCUUGGACUGGUACAGAGGUCUGAUGCCACGAACAUUGGACAGCCAGAUCACCAUGGAGAAAACGCCAAGCUACUUUGUGACACAGGAGGCGCCACAUCGCAUCGCCAGCAUGUCCCGGGAGACCAAGCUCAUUGUGGUGGUGCGGAACCCAGUGACACGUGCCAUAUCCGAUUAUACGCAGACGCUGUCCAAGAAGCCUGACAUCCCCAGCUUCGAGGAGCUGGCUUUCAAGAACCGCAGCCAAGGCAUGGUGGACACCUCCUGGAAUGCCAUCCGCAUUGGUAUGUAUAUUGUCCACCUGGAGAACUGGCUGCAGUAUUUCCGCCUUUCGCAGAUCCACUUUGUGAGCGGUGAGCGGCUCAUAACAGAUCCAGCCGGCGAGCUGGGCCGCGUACAGGACUUCCUGGGCCUCAAGCGCAUCAUCACAGACAAGCACUUCUACUUCAACCGGACGAAAGGCUUCCCAUGCCUGAAAAAGCCUGAAAGCAGCAGCCUGCCUCGCUGCCUCGGCAAGUCCAAGGGCAGGACGCACGUGCAGAUCGACCAGGACGUCAUCGAACAGCUGCGGGACUUCUAUAGGCCUUUCAACGUCAAGUUUUAUGAAAUGGUAGGACACGACUUCAGGUGGGACUGAUGUGGGUGGGGGGUGGUGAGGGUACAACUGGGUGGAGAUCACAUCACUCUGUUAAAUGACAAAGGAGUCAUAUCUGUCAAUCAGACUGCUUUCUAUCGGUUCAUGGCCGGUAGAGGGGGGAAUGAAAACAGAAAACCUCAAAAGGACACCUUAAACUAAUUAAGACCAAAUGCUCUUAAGAUAUUAAAAUAGCUUAUAAGCUUACAGAAAAAAAUUAAAUGCAGGCAUAUUCCAAAGGUGAUCUUACUGUAGCUUGAGAGCCUUUCACUUGAAAUUGUUUAAUUCAUUUAGAAUUGACACUGGCUCAUUAAAUCAAGAGAAUAUCUGAGAAA